GAUCACUUUGAGAUAGCUACGCAAAUAGUAAAUGAAACCCUUUCCCAACCAGCAGAUGAUACAAAUCGAACUUUAAUCAUGGUUGGAAGUAAAUCUGUGGGGAAAUCAACAGUACUGUACUCUUUCCUUGAGAAACCGGAUACUCCCCGAGAGACGCUUGUCUUAGACUACUCCUUUGGCCGGAAAUCUAACCAGAAACAAGGACUCGAAAAAAGCAUCUGCCAUGUAUGGGAAUACGGUGGUAAAUUAAACAUACUAAAGAAUGUCCUGUCUACAGUGCCAAUAUCAGGAAAGUUUUACUAUUGCAUUAUGAUAGAUUUAAGUAAGGUAAAACGAAUUUGGAACACACUAGAAACAUGCAUUCAAGCCAUGACUGAAGUAUUCACGGACUCUGAAAACCUUCCCGAGUUAAUAAUACUCUGCGGAAAAUAUGAUCUCUUUAAAAACUACGACAGUGAAAUCAAGAAAUUCAUUUGUACUACAAUAAGAAGUGUAGCAUUAUUACAUGACGCGCAUUUGCUAUUCUAUUCUUCAAAGGAACCGCAGUUAGCGAGACGUGCCAAAGAGUUGUUUUACGGCAUAGGAUUCGGAAAUGGCGUACUAUUUAAGGAAAGAAAUUCUAAUUUUAUAAAGCCAAUGGUAAUACCUAGAAACACAGACUCCUGGGAGCAUAUUGGUGUUGCAAAAUGUACUUUAGAACAGGUAAAAGCAAGACACAUAAGUAGGAUAGCGUCAGAGCCAGAUUUAUUAGCUGAAGCCACAUCCACCACUCUACAACGAUCGCAUCCGGAGCCGGUCUUGGAUUCACUCGCAGCAUUGAAAUAUGACGAAUUACGUAACUUGGAGUUUCAGGAUAUUUCCGUGAAUGAAUAUUUGAGGGCUAUGCAUUAA